AGAUAUAGAGAGAGAGAGAGCCGUUUAUCAUCAUCAUCUCCAGCACCCUUUUGCUCCUGCCCUAGAAAAUUCCAAAUUUUAGUUUCUGAGAAAAGCUGCAGACAGAGAAUUAGAAUUACAAAAACCACAAAGCUUUUGAUUAGUAGCCAAAAACAAAAUCCUGUCCCGAGUUAGACAGCAUAAUCCCAGAACUUAAUUAGAUUACACACACAUAUAUAGUGAUAAUAAACUAAUGAUCCCACAAAUAAAAGUAAUAAUAAUAAAUUAAUAAUAACAAUAAUUAUAAACUCACUCGCUCACUCACGCACUGACUGACACAGACACAGACAGAGACACAGAGAGACAGCCACGGAUCUUUCAAAGCACUACAACUUUAUAAUUGUCUUCUUCCCCUCUCCGCCACCCUUUUUCUUCUCUAGCCUGGAGGGGUGGCUUCUUCCCUGUUUGCUAUGGAUUUUCGCUCACAAUCGAGCUUAGACGACAGUAUUAUAAUAGCUUCUAGGGGUCGAAAAUGUCUGGGUUUUUCUCACUAGGCGGUAAAGAUCACCAAGAUCAGCAACAACCCGACGCCACUAAUAAUAAUAAUAGUAAUAAUAAUAAUAGCCUCUUCCUGUUCAAGAACGAGGAGAUCUAUAACAAGGGUUUCGAGCUAUGGCAGCAGUACUACCAGUUGCAUCAACAAAGACUCCACUCUCACUCCAACUCCCACUCCCAGUCUCAAAAUCCCCACCACCAUCACCACCACAGUACCAUUCUAGAUGUCGAUUUCUCUGUCGGCCCCAGCAGUAGAAGGACCAGCAAUAACUUCAACGCCGCCACCAGCAGCAUCUUCGGCACCGAUCUUGGUGAUGAUUCUUCCAAUUACAGUUUCAGAUCAGCAGCAGGGUUUAGGAUGAUGAGGCAAGGCAGAGGCAGUAGCAGUGGAGCUGAAGGAAUUAACUGUCAGGACUGCGGCAACCAAGCCAAGAAAGAUUGUGCCCACAUGAGGUGCCGUACUUGCUGUAAGAGCCGCGGCUUUCACUGCCAGACCCACGUCAAGAGCACCUGGGUUCCGGCGGCCAAACGCCGUGAACGGCAGCAGCAGCUCGCAUCUUUGCAGCAGGAGCAACAGCUAAGUAUCAGAGGACCGGAAAACACUAAAAGGAUGAGAGAGAAUCCCGGCGCCGGCGCCGCCGUCGCCUGCACUACUUCCUCACGAUUGGCCGCUACCACGUCGGGGUUUGAGUCGGUGCACUUUCCGUCAGAAGUGAGUUCGUCGGCGGUUUUCCGGUGCGUGCGUGUGAGUGCAGUGGAUGAUGCGGAGGAGCAUUUGGCAUAUCAGACGGCGGUGAACAUCGGCGGCCAUGUUUUCAGAGGAAUUCUCUACGAUCAAGGCCCUGAAAGCCGCGGGUAUCAUGGCGGCGGAGGCGGUGGCGGAGAGGGUUCCUCAGCUGCCGUAGGAUCAUCUCAACAGCAACCGCUUGAUCUUAUCGCCGCCGCUGCAGCGUCAUCUCCGGCGGGCGCCACUUCCAGCCACGCGAAUGUUUCGAUGAUGGAUCCUUCUUCUUCGAUCAAUUAUCCGACUCCGCUCAGCGCAUUCAUGGCGGGUACGCAAUUCUUCCCACCUCCAAGGCCUUAAUAGUAGUUAUAAUAAUAAUCAUAAUUUCUUGGGGAUCUAUGGCGUUAUCGAUCGAUCGAAUCUUUUCUUCUUCUCUAACACGAGAUCAAACGCAUGAUGUCGGAAGCCCUUUAAAAAGGCCUGCAUUUGCAGCUAGGCAGCCAUUGUAGGAGCAAAGAGAGCAUCGCAGGCAGGUGCUGGAUUCAAAAAACGCAUUGGGAUGUUUGUUUGUUGUUUUUAGUAAUAUCUUUUCUAUCUAUUAAAUCGAAUCGAUUUUCAAUUCAGAUUUCGUGCAUCGAUUAACUUAAACUAGUACUAAUUUAUGGCACUUGAUGACGACGAUCUUCUCGAUAAAACCCUUUAAUUAAUUUCUUAUUAUUAUUCCAUUGGAAGAUUUUUAAAGCUUCUACUAGCUACUAUUUGGAUAUGUGCACUUUGCCUAACUACAUCUUUUAUGGGAUUUUCAAAUUUUCUCAUCAUCUUAAUUCUCCAUGUCCAUAGCUUUAUUUUAUAUUUUUAUUUUCUUUCUAAUUGCCCCUUCAGAGUACGAUAACAAAUGAUUCUGGCAUGGGUUUUGGUGCCUGUAAUAAUCUGCAGCAGCAGCAUUGUCUCAUCUCAGAAGCAUUAAUUAGUAAUACGAAAAAUAUGGGGAAGUAACUUUGAUCACUGACCCAUUUAUGUCCCCAAAAUAGAAAACCUCAGGCAAGUAU